AUGAGGUUAAGAAGUCGUGACUUUCAGGUUAGUGAUAGACCUUUUGAUGAACAUGAGGACGAUUCGUAUGAGGAUAGCGAUGAUGCGUUAGUCCUUGGAAGUGUAGUGGAGGAAAAAGCAAAUGGUGAAGAGGAGUAUGUCGAGGAAAAGGACAAUAGUGAAGACGAGUAUGUGGAUGAAGACAAUGGCAAAGAUGAGUAUGUGGAUGAAGACGAGUAUGUGGAUGAAGAUGAAGAUGAAGAUAAUGAUGAUGAGGAUGAGAAUGAUUCUACGGAUGCUUAUACGGAUGCGGAUGCUUAUGUGGUUAAUAAUGAGAAUGAAGACAUAAAUACUCGUGUGAAUAAGAAUGAGGACGAAGUUGAAGACAACGGUGCGGAUGCAGAUGCUUAUGUGGUUAAGCAUGAGGACGAAGACGCAGAUGCAGAUGUGAGUAAGAACGAGGACAAAAAUGAGGAUAGUGAAGACAACGACGAGGUAAAUGGAGACAAGAAGAUCCAGGUGAUCGAAGAAACACCCCGUAAACGACGCAAAUAUACAUUUCGUGUUCGGAAGCCUGCCAAUAAGAACAAGCCAAAAGUGUUACGCCACUAUGAACGUCCGAAACGAUACGUGUGCAUGAUACCGGGAUGCGGUAAAGCAUAUACGAGGCCCUCAUUAUUGGCACAACAUCAAAGAUCCCAUACUGAUGAGAGGCCAUUUGUAUGCAAAUAUCCGGGAUGUCAUGAAGCAUUCUUAAGAAAAGAUCAUUUGAUUAGGCACCAGUUGAAGCAUCUAGAUGAUGAACAUAAGCCUUUUCAUUGCAGCAUAUGUGGAAAAGGAGUGAACAGUAACCAGCAUCUAAAAAGGCAUGAGAAGACUCAUUCAAAGGCUUUCAAAUGUGAAUUUGAAGGCUGUAAAGAGUCAUUCUACAAACAUCAAUCCCUUAAGGCCCAUCAAAGAGCUGUGCAUAAUCCAGAUAGAUUGAAAUGUCCUGAAUGUGAUAAACAUUUUGCUAGGCCAGGAAGGCUGGAGGAACAUCUUGAGAAGCACCAUGGCGAUAAGUCCCGAUUUGUAUGCGAGUAUCCCGAUUGUUUGCAGACUUUUCUUACAUGGACAUCAUUACGUCGUCAUAUUAACACCGAACAUGUGAAGUUGGAAUGUGAAGUAUGUGGACGAAAAUGUGUGGGACCUAGUGGAUUAGAGAAUCAUAUGAAAAUUCAUGAUGAGUCUACGGUUAUCAAGCUUUGGAAAUGCCUUGUGUGUGGUGAAAAGUACCAUAAGAAAGAUGAAUUGAUGGACCAUUUUCAUUCUGAGCAUCCGAAUGACGAACUGCCGGUAUAUUUAGAGAAAAAGCCGAAAAAGAGGAAAAGAAAGGAACUUGAUACCAAUAAAGGAGAUCAUGUGGUAACAGUCGAGGCUGAAACUGAAGUCGAGGGUGAUGAUAAUGUUUCCACUACCCCAAUUACACCGAAUUUGGAGUAUGAUUUCCCUGUCAGUAAGAAUCCUGGUCAGUCGUUUACAAAGCAGGCCAAAAAGGGAAAUAUGGGAUCUUCACUUCUAGAUCUUAUCAUUAAUAACGUGGAUGAAAGAUUGGCAUGCGAGUAUACGAACUGUCAUCGGUUAUUCCGCAAAGAUUACGAUCUCAGAAGACAUUUAGAAUGGCAUCGGAAACAGGAUGUGGUGCUUGACGAGAGGAUCAAACAGCUUAAACAGAGUGAUAAAGCUGAUGUAUAA